UUCGUUGUUGUUUUACAUGUCAGGCUUACAAUUUAUUAUUAUUAUUGUAAGCAAAUAUAUUCAAUACACUUCGAUUGUGAUAUAAAAGGCUUUAUUGAGUUUUGUACCAAAAAUGCCAACAGAAAUUGAAAAUAUAAACCCAAAUGUUUAUGGCAAACGUAAAGAGCGUGAGGUGACUGCUAAUGAGGAAGAUGAAAAUGUGCCAGAUCCAUUCGAUACACGUGAGAUAUUUGACCUUAUUCGCAAUAUCAACGAUCCGGAACAUCCUCUCACUCUAGAAGAGCUACACGUAGUACAGGAAGACUUAAUCGAUGUCAACGAUGGCAAGAAUGAAAUAAAUGUUAAAUUUACGCCAACGAUUCCACAUUGUUCAAUGGCUACAUUAAUUGGAUUGUCCAUACGUGUGAAAUUGUUACGCUCGUUGCCGCCUCGUUUUAAAGUAAAUGUUGAGAUAACACCUGGAACACAUUCUUCCGAAAACGCAGUCAAUAAACAACUUGCAGACAAAGAACGCAUUGCAGCGGCACUGGAAAAUAAACACCUAGCUGAUGUUAUCAACCAGUGUAUCUCAUCGAAAGUUUAAAGGGAUGCAUAACUUAUUUUCGUUUCGUUUUUGUUAUAUUUUACAACUUAGAGCGCGUUUUCAAUAAAACUAGACAAUAACAGCUAACACAA